UUUGCAAACUAAAAAUGAUAUAAGAAUAAGAUUGCGCAAUUUUUAGCAGUCUUAAAUUGAAAACAAAAGUACAUAAAAUUAAAACUUUAGGAACGCAAGCAGACAGCAUAUUGACUUGAUCUUGGAAAUAACUGGUCGAAAAAUAAUGCUAUCAAAUCAAAAUGGAGAAAUGAAAAGACUUCUACUUCAGAAACGUGUUUAAUAACAUCGUGCUUCCGGCUUCUGCUAAUCAAUUGUCUAUAUUUUUACUAGGAACAAUUUGUUCCUUAAUAUUACUACAGUUCGAGCAUUUUUUGUUGAAAUGUGUUAAAGUAUGAAAUUCACAUUGUCAAUAAAACUCUUGAAAACACUUUUACAAAAUCCAAAAUUUAGUUUUUAUGCGUGUAGAAAAAUGUCUCAGCACCCAAAAGUUUUCGUCAGGCAUUUAGACGAAGAGCAAACUAUGAAAAUCAAUUUCGUUUAUGGAAGUCCCGAAUUUCCUGAUCGUAAUUUUUCCUUUUUAAGAUCUAAAGAUGAGAAAGUAGAAAUAGCUCUUUUACGAAUGCGAUCUAAAAUACAAAACUCUUUAGCACAAAAAUAUUCUCGGAAAAAGAAAAAACUCUUGAAGGAUGAAGAAGUAGAAUUGCCUCCUGUGGACAUAUUGCUGAUGAAAGACGGAGAGCGAAUUGAUGAGAAUAAAAAGAAUAAUGAGGUUUGGACCUCGGGUACUCAAAUGAAAAUUAAUGGUUAUGUGUAUGAAAUAUCUGAAAAUCCUCCUGCUGUAUCUCAUUUGAGUCUUCCGAAACACAUUAUGGCUGGCUUUCCUGUGUAUCCAAAAAUUACUUUAGAAUUUUGUACAAAAGAUGAAAGUAUUUUUAAGUGGUAUAAGUUAAUCAAAUGUGAUGAAUAUUCUAAAAACAAAAGUACUGACAUUGUUAAAGUAAAAAAUGAAAAUUGGUUAAAAUUAUGUGAUAACUUUUUUUAUAUUACAAAAGAGAACGACAUAGAUUCCAAAUUAAUGAUUACCUGCAUUCCUAAGUGGAGAGAGAAGAUAGGAAUGGAGGAAAGUGCGGUUUCUGCAACUUCUGUUCAGCCAGGUCCUGGUAGAUGUCCAUUUGAAGAUAGGCAUGAACAGACUAGAAAGAUUGCAGAUAACCUAAGCUUGCGUUUUGUAUCAUAUAACAUAUUGGCUGACUUAUAUGCUGAUUCUGAUACAGCUCGCAAUGAAUUGUUCCCUUACUGUCCAGCUGAAUUUCUAAUGUUAGACUACAGAAAGCAGCUAUACUUAAAGGAAAUAAUGGGAUAUAAUGCUGAUAUCGUUUGUUUACAAGAAGUAGAUCGAAAAGUUUUUCAUGAUGAUCUAAUUCCUGUUUUAUCAUCUACUGGCCUUGAUGGAACAUACAAUGAGAAAGGUGGUCAAGUAGCUGAAGGAUUAGCAUGCUUCUACAGAUCAUCAAAGUUUAGAUUAAUUGAAUCUGGAGCCAAAAUAUUAAGUGAAUCUGUGGAAAUAGAGCCUUCUUUGCAAAAAAUAGCAUCAAAACUUCAAGAAAAUGAAAAGUUAAAGGAGAGGUUUAUGAAUCGAACUACAUCUGUACAAGCUGUUCUUUUAGAAAGCGUAGAUAAUCCACGAAAGAAGAUUCUUGUUGGUAAUACUCAUUUGUAUUUUCAUCCUGAAUCAGACAAUAUACGCCUAAUCCAAGCUGCUUCUUGCAUUUUUUAUUUGGAACAUUUACUUCAAAAAUACAAGAAUAAGGAUCCUGAGUGUACUAUAGCUUUAAUAUUAAGUGGAGAUUUCAAUAGUUGCCCUGAAUUUGGUGUGUAUAAAUUUAUGACUGCGGGAUAUCUUGCUGAGGAUUGCAUAGACUGGAAAAGUAAUGCAGAAGAAGUUGUUAAUGGAAUAGCUUUGUCUCACUCCUUACAGCUAGACAGUGCUUGUGGGACACCAGAAUAUACAAAUUAUACUGAAGGAUUUGUUGGAUGUUUAGACUAUAUAUUUUAUGAUAAAUCUUGUUUGGAGGUUGGUGAUAUUGUACCACUUCCAACACAUGAGCAAGUGACUGAAUAUAAAGCUUUACCAAAUAAAGUAUUUCCCUCUGAUCAUAUUGCAUUAGUAUGUACUUUAAAAUGGAAAUAAAUUUAAUUAUUUAAAUUCUUU